CCGCCCGUGCUGGUUAACCCGGGACACGAUGUGCGGAGAUGAAGCGCACCUUGAGUCCCAGUGUUUAGUUUGUAGUCGCAUCUUCGUUUCCUCAAAGUUCACAGUUUGACUGAGGAGCAGAACAGAACCCAGACAUGUCUUCAUCACAGACAUUUUCAGGUACAGAGCCAAACCAGCACAAGCGUGUAUCCGUUAAAUCCAAUCCUGGAUUCUUAGAGCGACUGAGCGAAACUGCAGGAGGAACCGUUUUUGGCAUCGGAUUGUUUUUUCUCUCAAUUUAUAUUCUCUUUACCAAUGAGGGACGAACUCUGCAAACAGCGUCCUCUCUGGAUGAAGGUCUGUCUCAGGUCGUGGAGCUGGGGCCCUACCUCAGCCUGGAGCUGCAGAACAACAACCGUCUAGUUCACCUGUCUGCUCAGCUGCACACUGCAGAGCCCCUCUAUGACCCCAACUACAGAGUGGUGGUGCAGGCGGUGAAGCUGCAGAGGCAGGUGGAGAUGUAUCAGUGGGUGGAGAACCGGGAGAGCAGGGAUUACCAAGAAGACGGAGAAACCAAAACUGAGACGACGUACAGCUACAACACUGAGUGGAAAUCAGAGCUGGUCAGCAGUCGCCAUUUUGACAAAGAAAUUGGUCACCAGAACCCAAGUGCCAUGGCGGUGGAGAGUGUGACAGUGGUGGCUCCUGAAGUCCGAGUCGGGCCUCUCGUUCUGUCUAAAGGCCUGGUGGAGCAGAUCCAGAACUUCCAGACCCUGAGUUUGACGAAAUUUUCUGCCUUGAGCUUGGACAGUUUUCUCACCGUCUAUGAUGAUUAUUUCUAUCACAAUCAAAAUCCCCGCCGCCCGGAGGUCGGAGACGUGCGUGUGAGAUUCUCGUACGCUGGACUGAGUGGUGAGACGUCCCCACUGGGCCCGGCUCAAACUGUCAGCAUCGUGGCCAUGCAGCGAGGGGAGCAGCUGAUGCCUUUUAAAACCAAGUCAGGAGACACGCUGGAGAUCCUGUACCUGGAGGAUCUCUCUGCAGAGGAAAUCUUUUCGAAAGAGCACCAGCACAACAGUUUGAAGACUUGGGGUCUCAGGGCUGCAGGAUGGGCCCUCAUGUUCCUCAGUAUUCAGUUGACCAUGCGCAUCAUCUACACACUGGUGGACUGGGUUCCUGUUCUCAGAGAGCUGGUGUCCGUGGGGCUGAAGAUCUUUGCCCUGUGUGUCUCCUGCUCUUUGUCUCUUCUCACCAUCGGAGUAGGUUGGUUUUUUUACCGACCAUUAGUGGCAGUGGCUCUGGGAGCGCUGGCUCUGGUCCCAGUGUUUCUUGCCCGCUCAGGACUUCUUACCAAGAAGAACAACUGACUCUUGAGGUGAUGAUUAUCACAGCACUUCCUGAUCCCUUGAAACGCGACGGUACUGAGGCAAACUGCAUAGGAUGGACUUCUUGGGUUAAACAAACCAAAAAUGUAUCUAGUGUUCUAAUGUAUUAGAAAAUGUCAGUCCCCCAUUGUCUCAGGCUGAUAUUAAAAGAGAUCACCUGGACCACUUCCUGUCCGACACAAGCUGUUAGGCGUUGCCUUUUAGUUAUAUUGUUAUCAGUUGUGGUCUUUCAGUAUUUCAUCCACUCAUAAAGUUCCUCAGCGUGAUCUUCUACAACAUAAAAUCACUGCAGUGUGAUUGUAACUUUAAAGACCCAGUCGUCAGUUUGUUAGGUACACUGAGUGGAACUGUACUCUCAUACAGAACAUUUCAUGAAGGUAGGACAUGCUUUAGGGCUGUUGGUGCUGGAUUGUAUUCGUUUUAGCUUGGUGUACCUAAUAAACUGCUUCACUUGUUUCCUUAUGCAAUAUGUUAUACUUCAUGUCCAUUAUAUUAUACUUUUCGCAUUGUCAGAGAUUUGUUCUGCAGUUGAAAACACAAUUUACAUAUUUUUCAUUUGUGAUGAAUGUCACUUUCUGAUCUAAUUUCGGCACCAAAGUUGGGAUCUGCUAUUUUGAUUUCUAGUUUGUAUUAAGCAUGUGUUGAAUAAAUUCCUUCUGAGUCCUGUU